AUGUGUUCCCUUUGCAACUGGGGCAUGGUGCAGUUUUGGGCGUGGCUGGAUCCACUCUGCUACAUUACGUAUCCGGCGGACAAUUGGCCAUGGGAGUACACCUCCGCCAGAUGCAUCAUGGCGAACGCCGUGCAAUGGGUCUUGACGGCCGGGAUUAUCGAGGAGAGCUUCAAGUUUGUCUCCUUGCUGAGAUUGCGGCCCACGCCCUCCCGGGUCCUGCAAGGCUUAGAGCGCUGUCGCUGCUCCCUGCCUUUCGUGCCGAAGGGCUGGUUUAUGCGCCUGGCCGAUUCGCCUUUGGCAGUGGCCCUGUGCGGAGUAGCGGCUGGGGGAGGCCUCGCAACGACGGAGAACUUCAUGUACAUCUUCAGCCGGGAAAGUAUUGACAAGGCCUUCCGAGAGGGCGACCUCGAAUCGGCCUAUGGCCGCAUUGCGGCUUCCUUUGCCCACAUGGUUUGGACAGGCGAAGACGUGGUCGCCGGCACUUGA